AUGCCAUGGCCUGGUAAAUCCCCGGGCUCCUCCCCGUCCGGGGAGCAGUCACCCCCAGCUACCGCCACCAGCACCUCCAGCGUCGACUCGCCACCGCCGCCGCCGCCGCCGCCGCCGUCACCAGGCAAGAAGCCCCGGUCGUGGAACGACUCGCUCAACGCGACCGACUGGCAGCACUUCAAGGAGCCGCGCAACUGGGUGCCGACGCUGCUGCUCACGGCCACGGUGCUGGGCAGCCUGCAGUUCUACCGGUCCUACCUGCGGCGCAUCCCGGGGACGGACCACAUCCGGCCGGACUUCUUCCGCCGGCGCAGCCUGUUCGGGCGGGUCACGAGCGUCGGCGACGGCGACAACUUCCACAUGUUCCACACGCCCGGCGGGCGCUGGGCGGGCUGGGGGUGGGCGAGGAGCGUGCCCAAGGAGAGGAAGGAGCUCAAGGGGCGGACGCUCACCGAGCCCUUCUUUUCGUUAUUUAUUUUUGCUGACAAUGAUGUUCCCUUACCUCCCCACCAGAUCCCCGUCCGGAUAGCCGGCAUCGACGCGCCCGAGGGCGCGCACUUUGGGCGGCCGGCGCAGCCCUUCGCGGCCGAGGCCCUGGCCUUCCUCUCCUCGUACCUACUGCACCGGCCCGUGCGCGCCCGCAUCUACAAGCGGGACCAGUACGACCGCGUCGUGGCGACGGUCUGGGUGCGGCGCUGGCUGCUCUUCCGGCGCGACGUCGGGCUCGAGAUGCUGCGGCGCGGGCUGGCGACCACGUACGAGGCCAAGUCGGGCGCCGAGUUCGGCGGCCUCGAGGACCAGUACCGGGCCGCCGAGGCGAAGGCCAAGGCGAGGCGGAGGGGGAUGUGGGGCGGCAAGGGCGUGUUCGAGAGCCCGAGGGAGUACAAGAGGAAGAUUGCCGAGGGGGAGGGGAGGAAGUUUUGA